GGCUGAAUGAGAGCAGGACUACACGGCGCUGGUGAAAACCCACUGAGUGGAUGCUGGUCUGCUGACCUGUCACUGAUUGGAUCUCACCAAUGUCUGAAGUCUCACAUGCCUUAACACCACAAUGGAGCUCAUCCAGGCCACACAGGUUUCUUUGCUGCCUCAGGAAGCCCCUACAGCUGUCUGGAGUAACAACUCUGUUCCCCCCUACUCCCAUUUCCUGCUUCUGUCCACUACCUCUGAACCGCUUCUCAGUCUCAACCCAGCCAAUGGUUCUUUACUCUUUAACGCCACUUGCCCAAACUGCACUAAAACUAAGCCUGGAUCCCUCCCUGGUCUGGCUGGAAUCUUCAUCCCUCUUAUUUAUGGGAUAGUCUGUGUUGUUGGUUUGGUGGGGAACACUCUGGUUAUCCAUGUUGUCAUCAACUACACUAAGAAUGAGUCAGUCACAAACAUCUACAUCCUCAAUGCCAUUGCAGAUGAGCUUUUUAUGCUGGGUCUGCCCUUCUUGGCAGCGCAGAACGCUUUGCUCUCGUGGCCCUUUGGAUCUCUAAUGUGCCGUGUGGUCAUGACAGUGGAUGCCAUCAACCAGUUUAACAGCAUCUUCUGUCUGACUGUGAUGUCAGUGGACCGAUACUUGGCAGUGGUGCACCCCAUCCGGUCCUCUUGGUGGCGGUGCCCCCAUGUGGCCAAGGCUAUCAGUGGCACAGUCUGGACAGGGUCCUUUGUGGUGGUGCUGCCAGUGGUGGUGUUUGCAGAUGUGCUGUAGGAUGAUGGGAAUGGCAGUAUCGUGUGGCCUGAACCAGCAGAAGUGUGGAAGACUAUUGUGUACACGUGCACUGUUGCCUUCUUCCGCCCCCUGCUGGUCAUCUGCCUGUGCUACCUGCUGAUCGUCAUCAAGGAGGGAUGA